AUGUUCAAUGGUUUGCUACUGCCUGCGUCAAGCCAGGCAACCCCUGGUCAAAUUGGUGCAAACCCGCCAAAACCCACCUGCGUCUGGCUGUGGUCGCAGUUGUAUCCUACUACGGUCACAAAACACAUAUACUUCGUUCUAGUAUUUCCAAGGCUGCGUGUGAUGGCCGUCAAGCAGAUCCUAAUCUGUCUCUGCAAUCACAUUCCCGAGCUGGAUUUGCUCCCCACUGCCUU